CUAUAAUGACUCGUCAAUUUUCCAGAUGAGCGAUGAAACAAAUUUUUAAUUGAUGGUGUAAACUCCCAAACCAACAAUCCUUGUCAAUUUCUAAUUGCGUCCAUAACUAUCAUAUAUAUAUUUGGGCAUCUGUCGACAAUCCAUAAACGGAUUGAAUUGACUUAGGACAGGGCCAAAAAUUAAGGGAAAAUGAGGACCCGAACCGAACCAAAAGCAUAUUUGGUUCAUUUGGUUAGACUCGACUCGACCCGACCCAAAUUCAAUUUAUGUUUCUUCAUACUUAAGAUUACUUAUAGAUGAUAGAACCAAAAUCGAAUCAAAACAUUCAAACUAAUCUGAUUCAAUCCAAAUAUCAAUUGGGUACGACUUGAUCGGGAUAAACAAGAUAGUUGACCACCCCUAACUGUAUAUGUGAUCCGAUAGAACAAAAUAACCACCUAAAUAUCCACUUUUAGCAUUUUGGGAUUUUUUAUUAGAGAAAUUUGAGAUCUUUUUCUUGUAUUAUGUGUUGACUUUCUUUAUUUCAUAUUUGGGAUCCUGCUCAAAGAAUAUUGAUUACCCAUCCUACAAGGUAGGUCCCUUCAAGAUCCCAAUGUGAUGACUUGGCAAGAUCUUAGUGGUGCAGGUGGAUCUACCCAUGUCAUUAGCCAGGGAACGGCUACGGUGCUAAUUGUACAAUAGUUAACACCGUCCUAACCAAGGGAAAAACUACUACUAGUUUGAAUUAGUAGUGAUUUAGUUUGGAUGUUUUAUUGAUUUUAUAAUAAUCCGUAGUGAUUUCGUUAUUUUUAGUAGCGUUUUUGCUAGUUAUCACGGUGCUAACUACUAUAAGAUUUAGCACCUAAUUCCAUCCCCAUUAGCCAUGAUGAAACAGGUAGCCAGUUAGGAGAGAGAGAGAGAGCCCAAUGCUUUCUUUCUCCAGCACUCACUUUGCUUGUAAUUUCAAGUUUUCAACUGCCUAAAAAGGAACAAAAUUUAGAGAUAAAAAACGGACAAUUCUUACCAAAAUUUUAAAAAAUGAAAAAGGGUACAUAUGAAAAAUCGAAGUGUCACACAGAACAACAGAAGUAACAGAGAAAACGAUUAGAAAUCAGAGAGAAAAAAAAAAGAAGAAAAAUUCUGCCCCCAAAUUGAGAGAGAGAGAGGGAGAGUGGGAAGUAAUGCGAGAGAUGAAGAAACCCGGCGGAGCAGACAAGAAAAGGGUUCGAAGAUCGUCGGCAGCGGUGCAGAACGGGGGCCGAGAUCCCAGCUCCGAUACUCCGCCUAGGAAACAGGCUGCAAAGAAAGAUGUCUUCCAGUUGUUUGCUGAGAAGGUGAGGGACCACAAAGAGCUGGUCUCCCGUUGGGCUGUCCUUCAGGAAACUCGCGUGGAAUAUUUCAGGGGGAAGGACUUUGUAAACUUUCUGAAAAAUCAUCCAGAGGUGAAGGAGAUACUGGAAUCAGAAAAGAACUUGGAGGUCGAAGAAAUCGCCGACGUUUUAUUGAGUAAAAACCUCUUGGUGCGUUGUGAUCGGGUGGUGAAAACUAUUCGUCCUGGGAAGAAAAAGUUGUCAACAUGGCCAGCACAUUUAGAGAUAUUCCCUGAUCAAGUGUUCUCGGAUAAUGAUGCUUUCUUCGCAUGGGCGUUUGUGAAACGAAGGCCACUUUGGCAAACACUUCUCUCGUUUUUCUGGCCCGUCUUGACUCUAGCAAUAUGUUUGUUUCCUGUAUAUCCACACCGGUGCAAGCUUCUGAUUCUCUACUCAUGUGCGGGUGUCCUUUUGCUCAUUCUCUCCCUCCUUUUGUUGAGAGCCACGGUAUUUGGUACUCUAUAUAUCCUUCUAGGAAAACGAGUUUGGUUCUUCCCUAAUAUCCUUGCUGAGGAAGCUACAUUGAGCGAGUUAUUCCGGUUCUGGCCCCAAAAGGACGAGGAGGAACGCCCUAAGUGGACAACGAGGCUUUUGUAUACUCUUGUUGCUGUGUCAGUUAUAUUGCUGCUGAGACAUCAUGCACCUGAUGAGGCAGCAAGACUUAGGUAUCAGAAGAGGAUGUCCAACAUUAUCGAUGACGUGCUUGAGUGGUCUCCAAGGCUAGCGUUAUCCGGGUUCAUGGAUAAGCCACAAGAUGUAGCUAAUGUGACUGAUUCUGGAAGCAAUUAUGCAGACGGUAGUGGUGAAGCACAACCGGAGAAUACACAUCCGGUUGAGGAUUCUGGUGAGGGAGAUGAAGCUGUGGUGGAGAGUAAUGAGGAAGAUGUAGGAAGUUAUGAAGAAGACAGCAGCAGUCAUGGUGAACAGAAGGAUAAUCAUAUAUAAGAUAAUAAAAAAGAAAAGGUUCAUAGCAAGCAGGUCAUAAUACAGUAGUAGUUUGCUUUGCCUUUGUCUGGGUUUUCAGGAUCCUUGAUUUUGAGUGUUAGAACCUUGUAAUUUCAACAGCAAAAAAUAAUGCUUUGGUUGUCACUAGGAUGUGUAAUAGCUAUACAUAUAGAAUUCCGAGGAUGAUAGUAGCCAAAGUUGUGGAGUUGAACUCGACUUUUGGUUCCUAAUCUUGAAGAUUUUGAUUAAAAAUCACAUUCCCAAUUCCAGAAAUACUUACAUGCUGGACCAAAAUUCUUAGGCUGGUAGACCUAUGGAAUCAGUUCAAUAUUAUAUGAUUCAGUUACUCUUCUUCAAGAUUUAAUUCAGAAAUGCUUACGGCUGGAUCAGAAUUCUUAGGCUUCUUCGAGUUUUAAUUCAGUUCUAUGUCGAUUUGGGUCGAUUCAAUUUGCUUCUGAGUUGGACAAAACCAUGCUUAUACUAUUUGACCCCAAUUCUUGAUCGAACAAACCUGACUCUGACCAUGCCUAUCUCACCACACCAAUAUAUAUUAUAUAUGCAAUCAAACUCCCAAAUGAAGCCAGAAACAGAAAAAGUUUUGAUUGUUGUAGCAAAACAUGACUGAUAGUUUCCUUCCACAUAAAACUUUUAACUAUCU